UGUCCAGUCUCUAUACUACCUUACUUUGCUGGAACUUGCAUAGCAGAGAAUACUUGGAGGGUCUUUGCUUUUAAUGUACCUGGAGGAAUUCAGAUAUUAGCAGCCAUGGGAGACGAGGGUCUUAUUCUUAAUAUCACUCACACACCAAUCACCAGUUAUUUAAAGAAAGACAAUUCCAAGUUCUCAGGUGCUCGGAAAUCUAAAGGAAACAGGAUAUCAAAGGCCUUAAAAAGAAAAUCUGAAGAUACCAAUGAGGGGCCCCUUUUCAAGCGUCCAACACCUGCACCCAGCUCAAGAAUCCCACCCAAGCCAAGCAAAGCGAAAGCUACUGAAGGCUCUAACAAGAAGGGCAACAAAGAAAAGAAAGAGGACAAUUCGAAGGGGAAACCUUCAGUGAAAACAUCUUCCCUUUUCAAAAACAAUCCAAAUGUUCCCGACAUUGAAAGGCCAAAAGUGAAACAGUUGCAGGAAGAGGUUUUCUCUUUGGAUUCGUUCUCCGAGUUGGGCCUACAUCCACAUCUGGUGUCUACAAUCAACACUGUGAUGAAUAUGACCCAUAUGACCAGCGUUCAGAAGUUGACGAUCCCUGCUCUUCUGUCAGGAAAAGACGCCAUGGUCCGAUCACAGACAGGCUCUGGAAAAACUUUGGCUUAUGGGAUUCCAGUAGUUCAGUCACUGCAGGGAGACACCCCCAAAAUCAAGCGCAGUGAUGGACCAUAUGCCCUCGUCUUGGUUCCAACCAGAGAGCUGGCUUUGCAAAGUUUCAACACUAUUCAGAAGUUACUAAAGCCCUUCACUUGGAUUGUACCUGGUGUGUUGAUGGGUGGAGAAAAGAGGAAAUCAGAAAAGGCCAGGUUACGAAAGGGUAUCAAUAUUCUUAUUUCCACUCCUGGGAGGUUGCUAGACCACAUCAAGUUUACCAAAAGCAUCCACUUUGCACGUGUCCGAUGGCUGAUAGUAGAUGAAGCUGAUAGAAUCUUGGAUCUGGGCUUUGAAAAGGACAUCACCGCUAUACUAAACGCAGUCAAUUCCCAGUGCCAGGAGAGACAGAAUGUCCUCCUGUCUGCCACCCUGAGCCAAGGAGUGACUCGUUUAGCUGACAUCAGUUUGCACGAUCCGGUCAGUGUGACCGUCACCGAUGAUGCCCAGUGUGAAAAGAAGUUGACUGUGAAACCUGAGUCGGUUGAGGCCACUGGGGAAAUAUCAAGUUUUGCCAUGCCCGAGCAGCUCUGCCAGCAUGCAGUGGUGGUCCCAAUCAAGCUGAAACUGGUCACACUGGCUGCAUUUCUUAUGGAAAAAUGGAAGUGCGCAAGGAAACCAAAGAUGAUUGUGUUCUUCGCAAGUUGUGAGCUGGUGGAGUUUUACUUUACUCUAUUCUGCAAAGUCCUUACUCCCAUACACUCCAAAAAAGACCCCUUGGUCUUCCUACGGCUGCACGGGAACAUGAAACAAGAGGAGAGGACAGAAGUCUUUGAGCAGUUCACACAGACCAAAGCCGGCAUCCUGCUGUGUACGGAUGUUGCAGCCAGGGGACUGGACCUUCCGCAGGUGACCUGGAUAGUUCAGUACAAUGCUCCGUCCUCCGCUGCUGACUACAUACACAGAGUUGGACGCACUGCAAGACUUGGUGCUCAAGGGAGCAGUCUCCUUAUCCUUAUUCCGUCAGAAGCUGAAUAUAUACAGACUUUGGCAGGCCAUAAAAUCAGUAUCUCCGAGAUGAAAAUGGAAGACAUCUUGUGCAACCUCCUAACAGAGGAUUUUUUGAAAAUUAAACGAGUAGAAAAUAAGAAAUCGGAGAGCCGUGGACCCCAGGCUGUGCGAGAAAGGGCCACUGUCUUGCAGACAAAGUUUGAAGACUAUGUACAUGCCAGUCCAGAGACAGCUCUAGGGGCCAAGAAAGCCCUGCAGUCCUAUAUUCGUUCUUAUGCCACAUACCCCAAAAAUCUCAAGCACAUCUUUCACAUCCGAUCCCUCCACCUGGGCCAUGUGGCCAAAAGUUUUGGACUUAGAGAUGCACCUCACAACCUUAGCCACCAGCUGGCAGAAGGUCCAAAGAAGCAGGGGAAAGCCAAACAGAAGAGAUCCAAUGGGCGCAAAAAGGUAGGAACAAAAGAACGUUUCUCGAAUUUACUGCGUUCUGAGUACGCCAGUGGAUUUGCUCCCAAGACAAAGAAGAAAUUAAAAAAUGUUGGCAGUGGUGAGGAACAAACAUGAGUUGUGCAGACGGGAGUACAUGUGCGUGGGAAGACCUAGAACCUUAUGGGAAACAGGUGAUACAUCGAAGGACAAGUUACCAAGCACUGGAAGAAUACGAACUGCAGAUAAACAGAUCAUGGCCGAAAGAAGAUCGCAACAGACUUACCAUGCAGAAGAUCUAACCCUGAACCUAUACAUUUUACUGUCAGCAUCACAAACAAACAUUUGUUACCAUUUAAAUCCACUUAUUCCUCCUAUUUUCUUUAGCAGCUUCUGUUGCCUUCUCCCUCCUUCUACAUGGUCCGAUUUGGUGGUUGUGGGAGGGGAAUACAGGCAAUAUAAAAGUGUAUAACAGUUCCUUAGCUACAUGAUAACUCAGCUUGUUAGGUCAGUAUGGGACUGUUUAUGCUCAUCGGCUUUUGCUGACAGAAGAUCAAUAGACGUUCUUGUUCAUUGAUCAACCACUAACUACUGUGGCAGAAGAAUCAUUUAUUCAGUCUAUUUGGGUUGUUUUUUUCCCUUUUAAUCACCACCCAACCUGGCAUUCCAAGGUCAAUCUUUGUACAAAUCUAAAGGAAUUUUCUCUCUUUCUUUAUUCUGCAUUUUAAAAAACCUAGUUUAUCCACAAGAAAAGGCAAAAUGCCUAAUUUUAAAGAACUGAGUGAGGAUGCAUAUAUUUCAAGUAAAAAUGUUGUUUCCUCAAGGAGGGGGGUUCUUUUUCAUCUCGUUGGGAGAUUACUUGCUGACCACUACAGCAAAACCCAUUAAAUGUGUCAGCUCUGAGUUUGGUGGUCUAUCAACAAGUUAAACCCAUGCCCCGUACCCCAUCACUCUUCUGAUCCUAGAUAGUUUUGUCCUGCUUUGUUCGUUUUAGACACUGUCUUUGCUGUCUGUGUAAUCCUAGAUGUGUAGGCUGUCUCCUCUCGGCUGGAGUCUUUUGUCCCACCAAAAAACCCAUUGCUGGGU